AACAAAGUCUUUGUUUAUUUUUGUCGUUUAGCGAGAGAUCAGAACUCUGAAAAAUGGCUGCAUGAUGCUUCUCAAUACUUUUCUUUCGCUGUGGUUGUUAUGUAAUUUCAUUUUGAUCCAUUUAGAAAGUGAAGCUACUGUAUAUAUGAGUUGGAGCUGACAUGUUGAAUUUCAGACGAGAACUCCAUUCAAAGAAUCUACAGUUUUCUUAUCGAUUUACAAGCCACUUUGUUUCUUCACAUUGUUUAUCAGAACCAGUAUUAAUACUCUAUAGAGCGUGUUUUGCGCUCUAUGGCAUCUCAUGGAUGGCYUACAGGAUAUUUACAGAUGAGAGCUUUUGUCAAGUGAAAACUCUUUUUAAAGCAACCAACUGGGCUUACUCAAGUCUCAUUACGUACUUUAUUCUGUCGUUCACCACUACURUACAUAACURCAUCCAACACAAGCAAGAAAAAAGUCUAAACGUUAUCAGAGUAGAAGRYAAUCAAGWUGAAAAUCACAUAGAUGAUGAAAUUUCAUGGUUUCACAAACUACAGUGGUUAUUUUAUAACAUUGCUAGCACAAUGGCUAUUGGUGUCACAAUAUACUUUUGGAUAUUUGAGUACAAUGGAAAAGGACUUUCUUUAUCAGAUGUUAAUGUACACUUACUAAACUCUGUAUUUAUAAUUCUUGAACAUACACUCAGCUCAAUGCCAUGGCAUCUUGUCCAUGUAGUAUAUUCUAUCAUGUUUGCUCUUCUGUAUACAAAAGCAACCUUAUUUUACUGGGUUUGGAUUAACAAAGAGCCAAUAUAUCGAGUGUUGGACUAUUCAAAUAAACCAGGUCUGGCUACUGUGCUUGUACUUGGAGGGUUAUUUGUUGUCCUGCCUUUUAUACAACUGUUUCUGUAUGGUAUUUUAAGAGUUAGGCUAUCAUUUGGAGGAUGGACAAAGGAAUCAAAUGAACUGAAGGAAAAGAGUUUAUUAAGUAAAUUACACAUAGUGUAAAACAUUUAAAAUUACAUUUAGUCCUGAUAUUGUCUGAUGUGAUGGGCAUCCUGUGGCAGAUAUGAGAAGAGCUGAACAGGGGAAUAAUCCUAUUCUUUCACAAUCUCGAACCCAGAGUUUUCACUGCUAAUGUCAGCAGUAUGCUGACACCAGAAUGACUCUGGGGAAAUCGACUGGAUUUGCAGCACUUUUCCAGUGCAAAUCAAGCAAAUUAGGUCAAUUUUGUUUUUUGCUUUAGAACAUUGAAAUGACAAAAAAGAAGAAUAUUAGCACAUGACUUAGUUAAGGAACUGUAUUUACACCUUUUUAAAAAUCAAAAUAUGUGAAAGCAUUUUGUGGUUAUACGAUAAAAGUAUGAUUUUCUUGACUAAUCAAUCAGGAGCGUGCGCUGGCGACUUGCAAAAACGACUUGAUAACAAUGCAUGCUUGUGUCAUAUUCAGCCAAUCACAAAUCGACAAAUAAUUACAUUCCACCAGAGUCUCUCAAACAUCUGCUGGAUGGCAUAAAGUGCAGGCUCUGGGUACGAGAUUGAUUCUUUCAUUGCUCAAGGCAAGACAGGAAGUCUGUUAUAUUGAUGUUGAUAGCUACCAAUCAACAAAGAGCGUUAUUCUAACUGCUGAUUGGUUGAAAAGCAACUCCAAUGCUUUUGAUUGACAGGUACAUACUGCUAACUACCUGUCAUUGUGGGAAAGGACUGGAGCCUUUCUAGUGGGUAAUGUUGAUUUUAUUGAGGGUAGGAAUAGUUUAUCUGUCUAAAUAUACACCAAAGGCAGGAUUUGGGAGUACCUAUAGAGAACAGUUUAGGAAUACCAAAUGUUCGAAAUGAAUGGAUUCACACUUUUUCCACAUGGGACCAUUUUUCAUUCAUCUUCAUUGUGUUCUGGUUUAUUGAUAGUGACAAUUUGUCUCUAAAUAGCCGCUAUUUGUUAGUAUUUAGUUAGAUUUAAU